AUGGGUACGGUUAUGGUCAUGGAUACGGUUACGAACAUGGGUACGGUUAUGGUCAUGAGUACGGUCAUGGAUAUGGUUACGGUCAUGGGUACGGUUAUGGGUAUGGUUACAGACAUGGGUACGGUUAUGGGUAUGGUUACGGACAUGGGUACGGUUACAGACAUGGGUACGGUUACGGUCAUUGAGUACGGUCAUGGGUAUGGUUACGGUCAUGGGUAUGGUUACGGACAUGGGUUAUGUUACGGGUAUGGUUAUGGGUAUGGUUAUGGACAUGGGUUAUGUUACAGGUACGGUUAUGGGUAUGGUUACGGACAUGAGUACGGUUAUGGGUACGGUUAUGGGUAUGGGUACGGUUAUGGGUACGGUUACGGUCAUGCAUACGGUUACGGACAUGGGUACGGUUAG